AUGUGUGGCUGGUGUCUGCAGCAGUACCGAGAAGACGGGCAGAACAGCUGCGUCCCGCUGGUCGACCCUUUCGCCAGUGAGAGCCUGGACGUCUCCACCUCGGUGCAGCACCUCGUCUUGCUGCACCGCGCAGUCAUGGUGGUCCUGCCCCUGAGCCUGGUCCUUCUCGUAUGCGGCUGGAUCUGCGGCCUGCUCAGCUCCCUGGCCCAGAGCGCGCCUCUGCUGCUCUUCACCGGCUGCUACUUCCUGCUGGGGGGUGUCCUAACCCUGACGGGGGUCAGCAUCUACAUCAGCUACUCGCACCUGGCCUUCGCGGAGACGGCGCGGCAGUACGGCCCACAGCACGUGCAGGGCGUCCGCGUCAGCUUCAGCUGGUCCAUGGCCCUGGCCUGGGGCUCGUGUGCCUCAGAGGCAUUCAGCGGAGCCCUCCUGCUCUCGGCAGCCCGGACCCUCAGCCUGAGCCCCCCACUCUGUGGUCAUCUGAGCCCCCAGCAGGUGGGAGGGAGAGGGGGAGACUGAGGCCCGGAGUGGCAGAGGGACCCACCCAGAUCAUCUGGCACCAGAGAGAUGCCAUUUUAGGCCAAGGUUUCCCGGGCCUCGUUCUGUCCACUCUCCCCGGAGGGUUGGCUUGGUGGAGAAGAGGCUGAGGAGAGGGCCCGAGAGCCCCCUCCGACUUGCAGGUGUAGGGGGCGAGGAGCUGAGCCAGCCAGAUGUGCCCCUCCGUCCGCUCCCUUGUUUUCAAGCCUGCUAGGUACUUUUCACUGAACGCUUCUGGGGAGAGCAGGCGCCCAGGUCUCUGUCCUUGUCCUGGCACAGGCUCUGCUGCUUCUGGCCCCCGACCCUUCCUCUCUGCAGCAACCUGGGGGAGGUAUGCCAUUGUGAGUGCCCUGGUGGGCACACUGAGCUGGCAGAGAUGGAAGUCCCAGAAGGGUGGCUUGGGGGUGUCAUGCCAUGGUGGAGGAGUUUGGGGCCACUCCUUGCUUGCCUCAAAGGGGGCCUGGCUGAGGGGGCUUCUUGACCACAGGGACCCGGGCUGCCUGGGGUGGCGCAGGGCUAGGCCUGGAGUUUGGGAUGCAGACUUGUUAAACAGAGGGCAGAACCCCAGGUUGGGAGGGGCUCAGCUUGCAGGCCCAGGCCCACUGCAGGUCCCAGAGAGAGAUAGGUGAGAAGAGGGAUGGCCAGCACACACCUGGGUCCCCUCGGACCACAAAAGCUGGGGCACGCCCACCGUUAUGCAGAUGGACAGUUGAGGCGGCCGCAGGAGAAGGGUUCCCAGGGCCUGUGCAACAUGUGGAAGCAGUAAACAGCCCCGUUUGGGGUUUGGGGGCCCUUCCCAAGUCUUGAGAGGUGUGCUGAGGAAGGUGGCGGCCUCUUGUAGCUUGAUCUUCCUCCUCCCUGCCCCACCCCGAGGUCUUCCUUAUUGAUUCAAAGGUUAAGGAAGCUCCUGGGAGCUCGAGGCGGUGGCACAGUUUUGGUGAGGCCCAGUGAGGACCAAUCUGGGCGGGGUGAGCCCGGCCUCCUCUUCCUCCCGGCGUUUGAACGUUUACCAUUCCAUGUGGGAACAUCGUGCCUAUUUGUUCUUACGUAAAUCACUUGUGCUGUGUGCAAUAUAGGCCUUUUAUUUUGCUAGAAUUUUUCAAAAUGGGUAACACAUUCCCGUCUGUCAUAAACAGUACAAAGGUGAGCAAACACUGUCA